GUAACUUUCGGUAAGAAUAUGAGAAAGAAAAAGCAGCCUUAAGGAUAAGACAUGCUGUCGUCAAAUUAUGACGUACGUGAUAGCGUUAUACAUAGUGAACCGUGUUACUGGUAUCGGGAAAUCAAAACAGAUGCAUCUGGCUGUUAGCCAAUAAAUUAUUGAGCGAGAAAUAAUUGAACGUCGAUUCACAAAAGACGUAAACAAUGCCAUGGAUUGCUGUUAUUCCAGCAGAGAUGGAAGUCCCACAACUGAGAAAGAACCUUCGAACGUCUCUAGUCCAGAGAUGUUUGAUAGUGAUGAAGAAGAUGAUAAAAAAUAUAAUGAACCACUAGCACAUGAAGUACCAAUAGUAGUUAGUCCUAAGAAACCUUCUCAAGCUGACUUAGUUGCAAAAUCUGAUAACAAUUUACUAGCCAAAAUUAACAAACUCCUAAGUGGUGUACCACCACCACCUAAACUUACAAUUUGUAGAACAGAUUGUUCAGAAUUACUGUUACGUAUUUAUGAGAAUCAACAUCUAUUUUGGACAUCAUGUGUAUUAUCAAAAAAAGACACACAACAAGAUGUAAAUAGCUUAUCCCCAGAACAACAGAAAGAAAAUAUUAGUACAAAUAAUUAUCAACGUACCAAAAGCACAUCUAGAAAUUUAAGUAAUGCUUUUGAUGCUUGUGAUCCACAAUAUCAAAGUAAUAUUAGUAGUAAUAAAAAUACAGUAGAUUUAAAUAACACUUGCAGUGAUAAUUUUAGAGUAAAGAAAGUAGUUCCUAACAAUGAAAAAGGCGUAGUCAAUGCUAAUGCAAGUGAAACAAAAUUGUUAAACCCUGAGCUGGUACAAGUAACUGCAAUUGAGAACAAAUUAAAACAAGAAUCUUUUAUUGCUGCACCAAAACAAUCAUUACUUUAUUAUACUGUUAAUGAGAAAAAAGCUGCCAGUUUGACAUGGUCCGAAGCAUAUCAUCACAAAUUUCAUGGAAUACAUUAUAACAGAAAUAAAGCAAUUGAAGAAUUUGAAAGCCUUACAUCAAAGUUAUGCGAGAGAUAUAUAGGUGCUGAAACUCAGUCUACGUGUACUGUAUGGUUUUCUAAACCAGCGCCAGGAAGUGCCAAAAAACGAAAUCUUUUAGCUAAACGUAAUAAUGGCCAAAGUCCGGGAAAGAGAUUAAGUCAUUUAACAAGAAGACGAAAAAUAUUCUCUAGCGCAAAUUUACAAGGAUUAGCACUCAACAAUAAAAAACUUUUAGUAUUAAAUAUUAAGAAACCCACAGUUAAAAAGGGUAAAAGCCCACGAGGUAAAAGCCCACGAGGUAAAAGUCCUCGAGGUAAAAGCCCGAGGAGAACUCCUAGGAGUUCAACAAAGAAAAAGGUGGCUCGUCGACUCAUUUUAGAUGGACCCAGUCCAUUAAAAUCCAAGAUUGAAACACCUAAACGCGCGCUCUUUCAAAGUCCACCGCCUGACCGAGCUGGUCCGAGCAAGUUGCUUACAAGUCGAUCGAAUCCGCAAAGUAUUAAACGCGCGUUAUUUACACAAAAUAUUAAGGAGAACAAUUCUGAAGGAAGUCAGAAGAUAGCUAUUGAAGAAUCAAAAAAGAGGAAAAGUGAAGAAGAAUUGGAAGGUCCAAGGUGUAAAUGGGCAAAAAGUUUAUCCUUUGACUGCUCUCAUGAAUUGCAUAACAAUACAAUGUCUUCUUGGGAUAGGCACUCAUCUAGUAAUAUAAUUGAAAAAAACAAACCAUCUUUGAAUGAAGGAAGAUGUGAGCUUAGUGACACUCAUAGAAAGAAAUUACUAUGGGCGGUAGCGGAGGCUUUACGAGAUAAAGGAAUAGGUAUGACUCAUCCACAAUUCAAGCAGUAUGCUACAAACUUGGCGCGAACUAUAAAAAAACUUAUGCCUGAUCUCGAGAAUAAGAAUAUUCCUCGUAAACCAGGAAGUACAAGUGAUCGUAUGUUAAAAUUAGCAAAAUAUCAUGUUUUGUUUGUAAUCGACGCGAGACCAACUGAUUGACAAUACUCAUUUAUAUAAUAAAAAAAAAACGAAAAACAAUUGACAUAACUUUGCGCGAAGUACAUUAUUUAUCAUAGAAAUAUCAGUGAUCAGAUAUUUAUACGUCG